ACUCGACUCAGAUAAGAACGUUUUUUUUCGUUCGUCCUAUGGAAUCUUCGCCGUCCGAAGUCGAGCCAGUUUCCAGUGUCGCUACCCUAGCUCCGGUGAACUUCAUCCACCACAUAAACAAUUAUUUUCUCGUUUGCGAGGGAUCGAGUCUCUCCGUCUACAAGGAUCGAACGCUCGACUGUGUAGUCAGUCGGCAGAUUCUCCACUCUCAGAACGUCCAUGGUAUCCGAUCGUGCGCGAAAAGUUCCGAAGAGGGAGAUCUCAUCUGUUAUGGAAGUCGCUUCCUCCAGCGAAUCGAGCUCGUCUCAGAGGGGAAUUCGAUCGCUGACGUACAAACAAAAGGACCAUCGAUUUGUGUAGGAGACUGGAUAUGGGAUCUCAAAGUUUUCAACGACUGCGAAGUGGUGCUCGUCAGUCACAAUCGGCUGAUUUUUCUGGAGAAUGGAACAGUGAAAGGUUCCACGGAUUGCGCAAUACCCUGCUUACUCUACUCCGGAACGAUUGUGGCUGACGAAUCGGAUGAAAUUCUCGUCGCAGCCGGGACCGUUUUCAAUGAGGUGCUUCUUUGGAGCGGUCGGACCGGCGAGGUUUGGCAUCGGCUGAAAGGCCACGAUGGUGUGAUAUUUUCUAUAGUGAUUUCCAUAGAAGAAAACUUGCUCAUCUCUACAUCGGACGACCGAAGUGCGCGAAUCUACAAGUUCGAGAACAGCGACUUCAGCCGACCCAAGACAAUCGCUCAGGCGACAGUCACCGAAAUCGCCGCCUGUUACGGACACUCGAGUCGAGUUUGGAAAGCCGUUUUCUGGGGCCGCGCGAAUUUCGUGACGGUGGGGGAAGAUGGAAACCUCUGCAUCUGGCGGGUAUCCGACGGGAGUCUUCUUGCUAGGAAGCAGAUGCCUUUCAAGAGUAGCAUCGCAUCGAUCUACAUCCACGAAGAUCUAGCUUACAUAGGUGGAGCGCACGGCUGUUUCGCGGCCAUAAACAUCGACGAACUGAACGUAGAAAACAGGAGCAAGCGUGCAAUAGUCACACUACCGUAUCUCGGAGCGUGCGGCGUGAUUAAAAACGUGACAAUUGACCGAGGGCUGUUGAUAUCCAGCGACUCCGAGGGAAAUUACGCGCUACACUGUAUGGAUUCCAGGAGCAAUGACAAAUGGAACUCGAAAUUCGUGUUGCCCGAAUGCAGAGGCUACAACGUGUUGGGACACUCGGAAGGACAUGUGUUCACGGGCUGUAAGCUAGGCAUCGUAGUGAGCUUCGCGUUGAGUGACACGGAAUUCGUUGUGUGGGACACGCAACAGAUUCAUAGUGGCAUGAUAUUCUCCGUCGUGCCUUUCGUCUGUCACAAAACCGAUCAGCUGUACGUGCUCACGUCCGGCUUGAGCGGCUCGAUGUGCUGCACCCGAUUCUGUGAACGGGACAAAUCGCUCAUCAAAAUCAAAUCCCUCGCUUUACCUAUCGCACAACAGAGAUGGGCGACGUGCGCUAUUCUCUUCACAAUGACUCAGAUCGUGGUCGGUGAUCGUCAAGGGAACGUUCUCCUUUAUUCCAUCUCGUCGGUCGCGAACACCACGCAGCCGCUAUCCAUUCUGACACAUCUCCACGGGAGCAACGGAACCACCGACCUCCAACUCGUGCAGGACCGAAUUCUGUCGUGCGGUAGGAACGGUUGCAUGUACCAAUUAGACGUGCAGAAGAAUCGCUUAGUGAUUCUGCGGAAACUCUGGCUUCACAGCCCCAUGUCUUGGGUCGCGAAGUAUCUCUUCUUCGAAGAGAGACUGAUGGUCGCCGGUUUCAUCGCCGAUGAAUUCGUCGUGUGCGACCCAGAAACCGACUACGUAUUGUGGUCCAUCACCGCCAAAGGCUGCGCGCACAAACCUUGGGAUUGCGGUAUACACCGGGAUCGUCUAUAUUUCGCCACUGCCAACCGGAUAGAUGGAGGAGUCAGUUACGAGCAAAUUGACAUUAGGAAAAAACUCGCGAAGAUUGCGAAGCUUCCGUUGCACAGGAAGAAAAUAAAUUGUGUACAGACCUUGUGGAGCGAACCCGACAGAACGGUCAUCGUCACCGGCGGAGAGGACAACCUAGCAAUCAUAUCCGAAGUGAAGGGAAAUCGAAUUCGACCCGUGAUUCGACUCUACGAGCACAUUUCGUCAAUCAAAGCGGUUGAUAUUGUAGAAAUUUGUAGCGAUGAUAGACUUCUAGUGACCUGCGGGGGACGAGCCCAGCUGAACGUUUGGUGGAUAGCAAGUGAUCUCAGUGUGAAAGUCAUGGACCAGCACUUCAUCUGGAAUCCGGACCGGAGCUCCAACAAACCGUGGAAAAACUCGUAUAGACGGAAACUCGAAGCUCUGACAAGAUACAUGGCUGUUGGGCUUAAGCGGAUCGAAAAGAGUAUUCCCCCGCGUUUCCAUAUCACUACGGCCUGCUCCGAUGGUGUGAUCCGGCUCUUCGACUACGUCUUGGAUGGCAAGCUCGAAAUACUCAAAGUGAUCACCCCGAACGAAUUUUGCCACCAGCAGAGCUUCUGGUUGUCUCGGAUGGAGACGUUUUCUGGAUGUCCGGAUCCACCCGAAAACGGUCUCAUUGUCAACGCUGCCACGAAUGGAGAACUUACGUGUUAUGAUGCGUCGAGCUCUCCGGAGUGCUUGGCUCAAGCCACCAGAGUACAUCAAUCCGGGGUAAACGCAGUUGCGUUGCGAGGUCGUCACAUAGCGACAGGAGGAGAUGAUAACGCACUGGUAAUAACUGAGUUACGCACCGUUCCGACCCUACCGACUCCCGUGGGGACGGCUGACGAACCGGAAUCAGGACUACGCUUCAAGUUCGAAAUCAAAGCCACGAUGGAGAAGGCGCACAGCGCACAAAUCACCUCGGUCCAAUGGUGGACGGAUAAGAUUCUCAUGACGGUUGCAAUCGAUCAGAGAGUGUCCUGGUGGACAUUCGAUGAAAAUUCGACGCUCUCAAGCUGCGCCCGAUCAGUCAUGGUUUGCAUUGCGGACGUAUCGGGGGCAACGAUCCUCGGCAAUAAUGACAUUUUGAUAGUCGGCCAAGGGGUGGAAAUCAUCCGCCCAGGUAAGGCUGAAGAACGAAUCGACUGGAUAUAUUUUGGAUUGGCCAUGAGACUUAUUUUAGCAGCGGUUAGAUGA